GUCGGCAAACGCCAUUUUGAUUUUAUGUGGAAGAAUUAUUGGUAGUCGUAAAAAGUAUUUAAAAAUCUGUGUUCAUCCUCACCAAUUUCACGAAAUAAAGGUUUAUUUCCUGUUAUUCAUUGUGAACCCAUCUGAACGGACCAAGCAAUAAGGUUCGUUCACUGGGUCUUGUACAUCUAAAUGGUUGUGUGCAGACAGCAUGUCUACAUUGCCAGGGCAGGCCUCCAAGGGGGAGAAAACCAAAUCAAAAUUUCAAUCUUUGGACAUCAAUAGUUUAUAUAGAGUGAGCAGGGGCGAAAACUUGGAAAAGCAGCAACAGAAAAGUUCCUCCGUCUACAUCAAGCAUGGCAUGCAAUCGCUGGGCAAGGUCCCGAACGCCCGUCGCGCCCCCGCCAACCUCCCGUCUCUGAAGGCCGAGCACAGCGGAUCGGACGCGGCCGUGCCCCUAGUGCCGCCCGGCGCGCCCGGAUGGGGCAAGCAGGAGGCCCACGCGGCCGCCCAGCAGCCGCCCAACACCCCGCCGGCGGCCAGCCAAAGCCAGAACGGGGCGGCCGGUCAGCCGGCGCAGGCGCAGGCGAGCGCGCAUCAGGCUGCCGCUGCCCUGCCGGCGACGAACAACGCGAUACCGCAUCCACACAAACAGCCGCCCCCACCGUCUUCUGUCCAGCCUGCGCCCGUCGACAAGCUGUGGAGUUCGGUGAUGAGCGGCCACGACUCGGCCGGCCCCCACCCGCCCCUCUACCACAGCCCCCAGUUCCGGCACGAGUUCCCCAGCCUGUCGGCCGGCGAGGGCGGCCCCGACCGCGCCGCCGCCGAGGCUCCGCACUACCCCGCGGGGCUCAGCCUCAGGCCGCAGACGGAAGGUUCCUGGACGCAAGGCGGGCAAAGGCCCGUCGGCCCGCACGGCGCGGAGAUGGCGGGACAGGGCAGACCCAACUCGGCCCAUCCGGGAGUCCCACCGCAGCACACGGCCCAGGCCGGCCAACAGCCCCAACAAAACCCGUUUCCGCCCCAGAUGAGAGGGGUGAUGCCGUCUUUCAUGUACAAAGGUAGCAGUUUCCAGCCGGGCCCUGGAAACGGCGUCCCGAGUCCACACAACGCGCCGCCGCCGGCGAACGGCCGUCCCGGCCAGCGAACGGCAGACGGCCGCCCCCCGAGGUUGUCGGGGCCCGAUAGAGAGACGGAGGAAGCGGCGCCGCGGCCCAUCAUCAAGGAGGAGGAGCUGACAAGGAUGGACGAGAUCGGCAAGGAUAUGGGAUGGGCGGAGUCGGACGAGAUCGAUUACAACCAGAAGUUGGCGUUCAGUGACGACGAAUCCGACAGAAAUGCGAAGAAAGAAAGCAAACGGCACCACUCAAAUCGCGACCAGAAGGAAGAACGUACAGAAAGUCACGGCGACGUUCAGUCACGUCAAUGGGGUGGUUCAAGGUCGAACACCUCCAGAGGUCGAACUUCUGAAGAAGAAGACAUUUGGAUGCAGAGACGCAAUCAAACCGACAAGGAAGUCGAAAUGGCCGUGCAAAGAGCGAAACAACGCAAGGAGGAAGAGGAAAAGAGGUUCCAGGAAGAAAGGAAGCAAGCAGCCGCCAAGAAACUCAUGGAACUGGAGCAAAAGAUCCAGAAAAGAGAUAGAGAUGGUCACGAAGGCGUAGCUACCAUCAACCCUGUGACCGUACCCCCAAAACCCAUAAAUCACGUCGAUAUUCCUUUGCCCAACUUUCAGAAAGACAAGGAACAAGACAGGGAUCAACGUGAGAGAGAUAGCAGGUCUCGUACCCCUAAUGAGCCUACGGACGAUAAAAACCAACCCCAAGGCAAUUCCUUCAGACAACUCGCGCAAAUCCAAGGAAAGAGUUUCCCUCCUAGGAAACACGUAAAACUUUCCGACAAUCGCGAGCAAAACGCCCCCAACUUUUCCAGACACUUCCAGAGCGACCUCCCGCCCAGGUUCCUCAAACAGCACAACAACAACAGCAACUCGAAUCUUCAGAAUCAACAACAAUACCAACAUCAGCAACAACAACAGUUCGAUAACCGUUGGUCUUCAAACAACCAAAACAUUUCCAAGCACCAGCAGAGCAGCAGGAACACGAAACAGGACAGUCCGGAAACGGAAGAUCACAAGGAUUACGUGCGGCAAAGUUCUGAGGACAGCUACCGGAGUUCACAUCAUUCGCAGCAAGACUCACCUCCGAAAUCUCAAGAUAAAACCGAGAAGCCCACAAGAAAGGAUAAGGACGAAGACAAGUGGCAAACAAACAAAGAGGAGAAGUGGCAAACAAACAAAGAGGACAAGUGGCAAAAAGAGAAGAUGCCCGAGAGGAAGCAAAGCAAAGAAGAUUGGACCGAUCAUAGAGAAAAAAACCGCGAGGAUUGGAGCGAUCACAGAGAAAGAAUUCGAGAAGAAAAACAGACGGAAAAGUACGAGAGAGAAAGAGAGAGGCCCCAGAGAACGGACAGUCGCGAUUCUCGCUCCAGGGACUACAUGGGCGCUUGGUCGGAAUCCCCAUACGAGCACCCUUCUUCGUACGAAGAAAAGAGAAGAGAUCACGAUAGGCGCGUCGUACCCGGUCCUAUAACGAAGGAACGUAUCGAAGCAGACGACAUGCGCAACGAGAAGAGGAAUCUGACCCAACUUAAGCGAGGGCAACAGGUGGAAGUCAGAUCGGAGCUGAAAAAGCUCGAAGAAGAGAAGAAGGAACCGCAAUUCGUCAGCGCUUGGGCGGAUUCGAUACCACCGGCGAUCGAGGAACUGCAAGCUAAAAAGCAAGCCGAAGAAAAGAAACACCUGGAGAACCUGCAAAAGUUGGCCGAGCCGAAGAAGCAAGACAAAACCGAUGACUACAAUCGCAACAAGCCGUACGGACAGAAGAAAGGAUGGGGCAAUGCGCCUAGUAACGAUUACCAAUCUUCCAGAGGCCCACCCUGGCAGAACAGGAGGCCUCCGAGCAGAAGUCGACGCCAGUACCACGGCACCGACUCGGACGGAUCCAUGGAGGAUCACCACCAGAAAACUGAUGCAAGAAAUGAUACUCAAAAAUCUGACGGGACGGACCAGAAGAGCCCGAACCCGAUGAGGAAAAACGACAAAGAGGAGAGGAGCAAACCGGAGAAGUUCGUCGGGGACCAGCGGAAGCACGAGAAGCCCGAGAAGAAGGACAAUUACGUGCCCAGAGGCGAACCCUCGCGGCACGGCAGAGGAGGGGGUAACUUCAGGAGCGGGAGGAUGGCCAGCAUCAGCAAGAAAAUCGACGGUUAUGGCCCCCCGCCUGCCAAGAGCCCUUUCGGCGGCCAUCACGAAGAGAAAGAGGUAAAGAAACCAUCGGAAGAUGUGCCCGCAGCGGAAAAUCCGACUACCGUAGAAGACAAGAUCAAGCAGAACCAGCAAGCUUUAGCUGCUGGUAUAAUCGGCAAAAGAACCGAACCUGCCUUGGAAGAUAAAAGCAAACAGAGGCCGAAGCCUGAUCUGCGCAAAAACAAGCCGAAAAGCGAGGAAGCUGACAAAGCGCAAGGAGGAAAACUGCCCAAUAACGGUAGGUUAGCAUCCGCCCAACCUAGGGGCAGGAAUAAUCCGCCUCCUAGAUCGGGCGACAAGCGGUACGACUCGAACGUCAAGCAACCUGUCGCGAAGAAAGAUGACGCGCAGGCCGCUCUGGCCAACGCCAUCGCCGAUAUCACUCUCACCGAAGAAAAGGAAGAAACCCAUUCGGUGAACGGAGAUUCCGAGGGUUUCCAAGAAGUCAAAAGCAAAAAAGCCGUGAAAGAACGUCAGAAAUCGUCAGAGGACAAGCCUAAACCCGCUCCGAAGGUCGAACCUGUCAAAGACACGAAGCCGGACAGAGAUAGGGAUAGGGAUAGGGAUAGGAAGGGUAAGAUGACGCAGCAGCUCACCCAGCAACAGAUCCAGAACAUUCCGUCGUUGAUGGCUACGCCGGUGAAUCCGCCGCCCGUGUUGCCCCAGACGAAGAACAGCUUCGACAGGGGCAGGCAGACCUCGAAGCUGCCGCCGCGGCUGGCCAAGCAGAAGCUGCAGAAGCAGGCGAUGCAGCAGCACCAGCACGGUGGGGAUCUCGGGGAUGCGAACAAGGGCGUGAACUUGUACGGGACGAAAGAGGCGGGCCAAGGGGCGGGCCAGGUGGCGCCCGCGUGCGCGUGGGACAAGCCGCUGGUGGUGGCGCAGCUGCGCGGCAUGGAGCACGAGGGGAUGCUGGGGGCGGCCGUGGAGGCAGCGAGAGGGGCGGAGGCGGGCCAUUCGCCGUCGCAACUCGGCGGUGGCGGUGGCGAGAAGAUGUUGGGAAAACCACCCGGCCAGCCGGCCGACAAGCCGUUGCUGGACGGCUCCACCGCCCCCGUCAACACCAUCAUUUUCGAGAACACGAACUUCAAGUCGGCGCCGGGUCAGCGUAGUGCCGCGCCGCGCCCCGACAAGGCGCGCGCCAAGCCGGACGAGCCGAGCGUCGAGCUGCAGGGCUUCGGGAAGGCGGGCAACAUGGGCGAGCUUUUGCAGAGCAAGGGCGAGAACAAGUCGGACGCGAUCCAGCUGCCGCUGUUCAAGGAGGACGGCGUCGACAUGAAGCUGGAUUUUUUCAGCGCCGAUUUGCAGUUCGGCGACGACAAGACGUCGAAGAAUUUCGUCUCGAAGUCGAUACACGCGAUGACCAGCGGCAACAAUACCGUCGAUAGUCUGGACAUCAAGAUAGCCUCGGUGAAGAAGGUGUGGGAGACGUCGGAGCAAGAGGGCGAAGACACUCAGAUAACCUUCGGCGGUGCGCCGCUGGACUCGAACGUGUUCAAUCAGAGCAAGGACGGCAGCGAGGACAACCACGAGGUGUACAGCCCGUCUCCGAGCCAGACUGCUCAGGCAAAUGUAUGUAAGGUGAAGCCGACGCAACAGGUGUCGGGCGGGGUGGGUCAGCCCGCUCUGGGCGGCUCGGGCGGCCACCAGCCGCCGCACAAUAUGGCGCAGACCGCUGCCGGCCUGAUGGGCAACCCGCUAUCGCCGCCGCCGCCGAUGCAGGCGGUACUAGGCGCCGGCGUGGGCAUGGGGCCGCAGUACACUGCCAACCAGCACAUCGGGUACCAGACCGGCCUGUCGGGGAGCACCCAGUACGGCAUAUCGGCCAUCCCCUCUCCGCCCACCGUUCCCCUGGUCUAUAAUUCGACGCAGCAGUUGCAGAACGCCGUCCAGACGGCCGCCGGCUUGUACGGAGCCUUCCAAUUGGACCAGCUUUCCGGCCAAGGCAGUUACUCCUCCAGGUCGCAGUUCUCGCAGUACGCCAACUAUCACGGCCUGGGCCAGACGGCGAGCAGUCCCUACACGACGCCUAGCGUCUACCUGCCGACGCCGCCCCACCCUCCGCCGCCGCAGGCCGCCCAGGCCCCGCCCCCACCCGAACUCUACCAGAACAUGAACAGCUUCCGCUUGUCGGCGCAGACGCCGUUCGGCCAGAGCCAGCAGCUCAGCAAUCCGACCACGGUGCUGAUCAGCUCGACGAGCAACAGUUUGAUGUCGGCGUCGGUGAAGCCGAGCGGGCAGCAAAUCAGCGCCAUCGGUACGAAAGCCGGUGGAGUGGGUCAAGCGUAUCAGCAGCAAUCUCAGCAGGGCCAGCAGGUUUUCAUGACCUAUGACCCCACGAUCCAGGCCAACUAUUUGGCAUCGAAUGCGGGCGUGAUGCAACGGGCACCCGUCGGGCCCGCGCAAAACAACGUCGUGCCCGGUCUGCAGCCUUCGUCCUCGUACUAUUCCGGAUCGACAGGCGGCCAGACCGGCUUCUUCCAGCCAGCCGCCAACUCGAGCAUGCCCUCCGCCCAACAGCUCAGCCAACAUCAAGCCGGCUACGGCCUGCAGGGCAACGUGUUCGGGCAGCACGCCCAGUCGCACGCCAACGCCCCGUUGCCCAGCUACAAUUCGCACUUUCUCACCGCGCCCAUGCAGGUGGCGGCCGCCCUGAACGCCCAGCAGCAGUACCGGUCCGGUAUGAACGCCGCGGCGUAUUUGAAGGGCGUGGGCGUGGGCGGGGGCGGGCAGGAGCAGUCGCAGGGCGGCAGGUCGCAGCAGCUGAAGAGCCCCGGCAGCCAGGAGGUGUUGUCGUCGGUGUUCAAUUCUGGACCUCAGAUUCCCUCUCCCAAAUCCAGGCAGAAUAUGAAACAUCCUCCACAGCAAUCGAGUCCGACCUCGCAACAUAAAUACAAUAUGUAUCAAGGUGUUGGAGGUCCUCAAAACAUGAAUAUGCAACGGUAUCCCACACCGAUUCAGAGACCCAUAAAUUUCCAACAGAUGCAACAAAACUCAGUGAACCAGAAGCACAGAAACAACCCAAACAAUAAGCCGCCUAACAAUAGGUACUACAGCAAUCAAAACCAUUCGCUAUCUGGACAAAGCGAGAAAUGCGACGACGAAAAAAUUAACGACAACGGCACAGGAAAUGUGAAAAACAACGCCGCAGUGAAUGUCGACAAAGUCAAGGAGAACAUGAAGGAGGAACCGGUCGCAUUGAAGGACUAAAAAAAUCCCAAAACUCAACAUGUCUUACUUUAAGUACCAAAACACGCGAAAUUCGAGUUGGAAGUUGAUGUUUCUCAAAGAAAAAAGAACGGAAAAAGAAAGUCCGGGCCUCGGAUGGCAGGAUGUCGAGUUCUUGUGUAAAAAUUCUUUCCUCCGCAGAAAAUGCUAGUAUUAAUUGUGGCAAAAUACUUUUCGAGUCCUCUUCGUUUAACGAAAACAUAAAAUGGCGCUGCUGGGGACGAAAAAGGGACAGCGGCUACAUUGACACCCUGUAUAAUCGUGUAAUGUCGGAGAUUGUGUCAUUCCUGCUGGCUUCAAUAAUCUGCACAGUCUUUCCUUAGGUCGUUUUAGUGGUAUUAGAAUUCGUAGGAAAAUAUUGUACACAGUGUCGUUACAAGUGAGUGAUUUGAAAAAAAAAUGGACGUCGACUUUUCCGUUUCAUUGACAUUUGGAAAUUGAAUCGCGAUGAAAUUGAAAAUGACCAGAUUAAUAUGUAUUAAUUAUUGUGAAGUGUGAGACGACCGAGAAACACUGAGCCGUUUAGUUUUAAAACUGCAAUUUUCGAAAGAAGCUCUAAGUUCUUUCCGAGAUAUUUAAAUCUUCAUUUACGAUAAUAAAUGGUUUAAAUAUG